AUGGCUGCCAGAUCGUCAUCCAUCAUUAGGCGCUCAUUACUCUAUGUUCCGGGCUCAUCACAGAAGAUGCUCACAAAGUCUCUUGGUCUCAGCUCAGACAAUGUCACAUACGAUCUUGAAGACUCUGUCACGCCUUCUCUCAAGGAAACAGCUCGGAACCAACUCCGCGAGCACAUAUCAAACCUUAAGGGCCGCCCAUCUGGGAUCUCUGAGCUGGCUGUCCGCAUCAAUGCUGUUUCGACUCCCUUUGCGCUUUCAGAUUUGACCACACUAGCUCCAUUGCGCCAUGUCGAUGCGGUCGUUGUCCCCAAGGUUAACUCGGCAGCUGAUCUGACCUUUGUCACUGAUGUUCUUCGACAUGUUGCUCCAGAACGACAUGCAACGGACGCAGAGAACCCAAUCAAGAUUAUCGGUCUCAUAGAGUCGGCUCGUGCUGUCAUGGAUCUUUCGCAAAUAUGCAAAGCGUCUCCAUAUCUGAGCGGCUUCAUUUUCGCCGCCGAAGAUUUUGCCCUCGACCUAUCUCUAACGAGGACUCCAUCAUUGACGGAAUUUCUGUACGCCAGGUCAGCCAUCGUUACCGCUGCCCGAGCUGCCGGACUACCCAGUGCCAUUGAUCUUGUUUGUACAUCUUACAAAGGAGAACAGGGGCUCAAGACUCUUGAAGAGGAAUGCGCCGGAGGUAAAUCAAUGGGCUUCAAUGGAAAGCAAUGCAUUCACCCUAGCCAGGUUGAAGUGGUACAACGCAUGUUUGCGCCAGAUCAGCAAGAGGUAGAAUGGGCCAUAAGAAUAUCUAUUGCCGAUGAGAAGGCUUCGGCCUCGGGACGAGGUGCCUGGACGCUUGAUGGCAAGAUGAUCGAUGCUCCUGUUGUUGGCAAGGCUAGUGCUGUAAUCGCAAAGGCAGAGCAAUGCGGCAUCGAUAUUCAGAGCUUGAGAAACAAAUGGAAGGACCAAGAACCAGAGUAA